GGCGGGGAGGGGAGCAUUUAAGUGCGGAGCGCCGGACACCUCUGCAGCUUGCGAGCCGAGCCGAGCCGAGCCGAGCCGGGUCGGAUUGAGCUGAACCGAGACCAGCCGAACUGACUCCAGCCGAAUCAAGUCCGGUGGAACUGUUCCCAGGCGGGUCCAAAAGCGCAUCGCAUCCCGCCGGGUCCGAGCCGAGCCGAGCCGAGCCGAGCCGAGCCGAGCCGAGCCGAGCCGAGCCGAGCCAUGCAACUGGCCCUGCUGGCCCGGCUGCUGUCCGUCGGGCGGGCGGUGCUGGCGGCGCUGCGAGGGCGCCUGGGCGCGCUGUGCUGGAGCCUGGCUCCCUUUUCCCUGUCCCUGUCCCUGUCCCUGCCCGGCUGGCGGGACUCGCCCCCCCGGCCGCAGCGGGAGCAGGAAGGGGACGAGGCUCCCCCGACGCCCACCAGUGUCAAUUACCACUUCACCCGGCAGUGCAACUACAAGUGCGGCUUCUGCUUCCACACGGCCAAAACCUCCUUCGUGCUGCCCCUGGAGGAGGCCAAGCGGGGGCUGGCGAUGCUCAAGGAAGGAGGAAUGGAGAAAAUCAAUUUCUCGGGAGGAGAACCGUUUCUUCAGGACAGAGGCGAAUUCGUAGGCAAACUGGUCCAGUUUUGCAAGCAGGAGUUGGAGCUCCCAAGUGUCAGCAUUGUUAGCAAUGGCAGCCUGAUCAGAAAGCAGUGGUUCGAGAAGUAUGGUGAAUAUUUAGAUAUUCUGGCAAUUUCAUGUGAUAGUUUUGAUGAGGAUGUCAACGUUUUAAUUGGCCGUCGUCAAGGAAAGAAGAACCAUGUGGAAAAUCUGCAUAAACUGAGGCAGUGGUGCCGAGAGUAUGCUGUUGCUUUUAAAAUAAAUUCAGUCAUCAACAGAUUUAAUGUUGAGGAAGAUAUGAAUGAGCAGAUCAAGGCACUCAACCCUGUGCGCUGGAAGGUGUUUCAGUGCCUGCUUAUUGAAGGGGAGAACAGUGGUGAGGAUGCUCUAAGAGAAGCAGAAAAAUUUGUUAUCAGUGAUGAAGACUUCGAUCGGUUCUUGGAUCGCCACAAAGAUGUUUCCUGCUUGGUACCUGAAUCUAAUCAGAAGAUGAGGGAUUCAUACCUCAUUCUGGAUGAAUAUAUGCGUUUUUUAAACUGUAGAAAUGGACGGAAAGAACCUUCCAAGUCUAUCCUGGAUGUUGGUGUAGAAGCAGCUAUAAAAUUCAGUGGAUUUGAUGAGAAGAUGUUCCUAAAAAGAGGAGGAAAGUAUGUGUGGAGUAAAGCCGAUAUGAAACUGGACUGGUGACUCAAUAUACCGUGUUAGGGCAGUGCAUUCUGUAAAAAUAGGUAUAUCUUUAUAGGUGAGUGUAUACUUGUAUCUAAUGCUUUUAAUUACACUUGGUAUUUUACACAGACUGAUGUUCAGUAUAACUCUACAUGUGAAUAUGUUACAUGCUCUUUAAAUGCAGAUUACAUUGUCUAUUACUUUCUUGAGCGUGACCAAAUACUUUCAGAGCUUUCACAUGAACAGUUCUCUGAAAUAAACUUUCUAGUCCAUUGCACGAAGGACUAAAAGGCAAACUAUUUUUAUGAAAUACUACAUGAGUGUGCAUGCCAGAUAACAAGCAAAAAACCACUCCAAACUCGAAUUCAUUCUAAACAGCUGUAAUGAUGGAGAAGUCAAAAUUCUUAUCAGGGAACACAUUCUGCCUGUUUCUCAGGGCAAAAUAGAUUGCAGUUCCCGGGUAGAUCACUGGAGGGCCAGCUGGCAGACCUCUGGAAGCACCUUCUGCUUUUUUCAGGGGUAAUAGAGGGUCAGAAUCCAGGAAUCUUGAAGUAAUAAUGUAUCUAAAAUGAAAUCAAGGUGAAAAAACGGGCAGUUUUUAUUCUUUAAAACUUAAUUGUAACAGCGUCUUUUCCCUCUCCUCUGUAUACACACAUGAUAUUUGCAAGAAUGUUGAGCCAUGUAAUUUUCUGUGAAAACAUAUUUUUAGUCAUGAAAAAAUAUUAUAUUCAUCCAUCCUAAAACCUAGAGGUACAUUUUACCUGAUGAUAAUCAACAUGAUAUUUCACAUUGGAAAUGCCCUUCAAAUAUUUGUUCUAACAAAUAUUUGCAGGGAAACAUUGUUUUCAUUUUAUUAGUAUCUCAAUUUUCCUUUUAUCUGCAAAUAUUGAUUUAUUAUUUUAAACUAUUUUUGAACUGUGGGCAUAUAGUUCUGAUGAAUAUUCCUUCUUAAACUAAUUAAUACCAUGCAGAACAACCCAACAUAUAUCUUCUGUUGCAUACUAGCUUUUUAUCUUGCUAAGCCAUGGAACUACAAACAGCAAUGUUCAUAUAUCAAGCAACCUUAUUUUAAAAGUUGUUUGUCUCAGUAACUAAUUAGCUUGCUGGUUAUAAAACUGCAGACUUUAAAUGAAACUAAUUUGGUUUUGUGAGAGCUACCUUUGAUUUUAAGAGCACAUAGCAUCAAUAUAAAAUACAAAAAAAAAAUCCCCAAAACCUGAAAAAUAAUCUAAUAUACUGCCCUCAUUCUUGGUUUUCUGGCAAGUGUUAUGGCUUUAUAAUUGCAUGUUUUCAAAUUUUACUAGUCCCAUCCUCCCUCUGUCUGAAGGGCACAGGGAUAGGCACUGCACAGAGCAAAAGUGAGAUGACACUACUCAUUCAUCCUGUGCUAAACUCAAUGUCUGGACUGUCUCACACAUUUAAAUAUUUGCAGCAGUUGGGAGCCAGCAUGCAUUAAAUAUACCACAUAGAGAAAAUGACACCUUACUCAAUUUUUUUGGAAAUGCUAGUUGAUUUUUUAAAGAAGUUUUUGAAAGAAAUGUUUUGCAUUCACUUAAUGCAUCUUCAAAUUUGAAGGGGGAAAAUGCUUAAGUAGGAGCUAUUACUUCUGUGUAAAGGAAAGUGCUCCUAUGAAUACUCUGUGAAAAUGGUUCCAUUUUGUAAUUCCUUCAGUUUUUAUUUUUAAUAUCCUAACUGUAAAUAUACUCAGUGGUGCUCUUUUGUCCCUUUGUAUUUUGCAUUUUGCAAUCACAACACUUCCUAGACACUGAUAUUUCAGUAUUUUUUUCCUUGUAUUAACACUAAGUGACAUUUAAAAUGUGGCCCACACACAGUAACCCCACAGUCUUUUGGCAGCUAUUUCACUGACCUUGGCUGGAGUUCUCCCUGGCUCUAUGGGCAGUGCAAAUUUAUGCAACUGGGGUUUGACUUCCCCUGCUCAAAUAUAAAAUGUAGUAUCUUCCUCAGUACCUACACCAUGUUGAUAGAAAAAAAAGCAUUUUCCUUUGUUGUUGUCUCAGUCCCAGGAUGGGGAAAGAUUUA